CCUUUCUCCCUCCUUGACAGCCUGAAUCAUCAUCAAACAAAAAAUGAUAACUCCAUAGAAAGCACCGGAGACUCUUCAGACGACUUUUGGGACAUAGUCUACGCUCGAUCGGAGUUAGGAGUGGAGUGGAUCGUCCACCUCAGCCCCCACAUGUUUCCCAGCAAACAACCGUGAAGAAGCCAAAUUGAUCAAAACUCUAGUCGCAGCCAUGCCUGGCGCCAGAGGAGCAGAUUCAAAGGAGGAAGACUUCUCCACGGCCAUCCUGAGGCAGAAACACCGGCCCAACAGGCUCAUUGUAGAUGAAGCGCUGAACGAAGACAGCAGCAUCGUCAGCCUGUCCCAGGACAAAACAGAGGAGCUUCAGCUUUUUCGGGGGGACACGGUGGUGUUGAGGGGACGCAAGCGUCGGCAAACAGUCUGUAUCGUUUUAACGGAUCAAACGUGUGGUGAUGAGCGGAUCCGGAUGAACCGUGUCACUCGAAAUAACUUGCGUGUGCGCCUUGGUGAUGUCAUCAGCAUCCACGCCUGCCCUGACAUCAAGUACGGGAAGCGGAUCCACGUCCUGCCGAUUGACGACACCAUCGAGGGUCUGACAGGAAACCUCUUUGACGUCUUCCUGAAGCCCUACUUCCUGGAGGCUUACCGGCCGGUGUAUAGAGGUGACGUUUUUUUGGUGAGGGGGAGCAUGCGGGCAGUGGAGUUCAAGAUUGUGGAGACCGAUCCCAGUCCGCACUGUAUCGUGGCCCCUGACACUGUCAUCUACUGUGAAGGGGAACCAAUCAAAAGAGAGGACGAGGAAGACAGUCUAAAUGACGUUGGCUAUGAAGACAUCGGAGGCUGCCGAAAGCAGCUGGCCCAGAUCAAAGAGAUGGUGGAGCUUCCACUGAGACACCCAGGUCUCUUUAAGGCUAUAGGAGUUAAGCCUCCGCGGGGAAUCCUCCUCUAUGGUCCUGCCGGCACGGGAAAGACUCUGGUGGCUCGGGCCGUCGCCAACGAGACCGGGGCCUUCUUCUUUCUCAUCAAUGGUCCUGAGAUCAUGAGCAAGCUGGCGGGAGAAUCCGAAAGCAACCUAAGAAAAGCGUUCGAGGAAGCUGAGAAAAACUCUCCGGCCGUCAUUUUUAUUGACGAACUUGACGCCAUUGCACCCAAAAGAGAAAAGACGCACGGAGAGGUGGAGCGACGCAUCGUGUCCCAGCUGCUGACCCUGAUGGACGGUCUGAAUCAGAGAGCUCACGUCAUCGUCAUGGCAGCCACCAACAGACCGAACAGCAUCGAUCCUGCGCUCAGACGUUUUGGCAGGUUUGACCGGGAGAUUGAUAUCGGGAUUCCAGACUCCACCGGGAGGCUGGAGAUCCUGCAGAUCCACACCAAGAACAUGAAAUUGUCAGACGACGUGGACCUUGAGCGGAUUGGCGCAGAGACUCACGGUCAUGUGGGCGCAGAUCUGGCAGCUCUCUGUUCCGAAGCAGCUCUUCAAGCCAUCCGUAAGAAGAUGACCCUCAUCGACCUGGAGGACGAGUCCAUCGACGCCGACCUGCUCAACUCUUUGGCCGUCACCAUGGACGACUUUAAUUGGGCUUUGAGUCAAAGCAACCCAUCAGCUCUGAGAGAGACGGUGGCUGAGGUGCCUCAGGUCAGCUGGGAGGACAUCGGCGGACUGGACCAGGUCAAAAGAGAGCUGCAGGAGCUGGUGCAGUACCCAGUGGAGUAUCCAGAUAAGUUCCUGAAGUUCGGGAUGACUCCGUCUAAGGGUGUGCUUUUCUACGGCCCACCAGGCUGUGGGAAAACCCUGCUGGCCAAAGCCAUCGCCAAUGAGUGCCAAGCCAACUUCGUUUCCAUCAAAGGUCCAGAGAUGCUCACCAUGUGGUUCGGAGAAUCCGAGGCCAACGUCAGAGACAUCUUUGAUAAGGCCAGACAAGCUGCUCCCUGCAUUCUGUUUUUCGAUGAGUUAGACUCCAUUGCCAAGUCCAGAGGCGGUGGAGCGGGGGAUGCCGGCGGUGCGGCUGACCGAGUCAUCAACCAGAUCCUGACAGAGAUGGAUGGCAUGUCUGACAAGAAAAAUGUUUUCAUUAUUGGUGCCACAAACAGGCCAGACAUCAUAGACUCGGCCAUUCUCCGUCCUGGUCGGCUGGAUCAGCUCAUCUACAUCCCACUUCCCGACAAACGCUCCCGUACAUCCAUCCUGCAUGCCAAUCUGCGGAAGUCCCCCGUGGCACGCGAUGUAAAUCUGGAGUACCUCUCCGAGAUCACGGAGGGGUUCUCCGGAGCCGACCUGACAGAGAUCUGCCAGCGCGCCUGUAAACUGGCCAUACGUGAAGCCAUUCAGGCUGAGAUGAAGGCGGAGCGCCAGAGACAGACCAGAGGAGGGGUCCCCAUGGAGGAGGACUAUGAUCCAGUCCCAGAGAUUCGGAAGGAUCACUUUGAAGAGGCAAUGCGGUUUGCACGUCGCUCUGUCAGUGACAAUGACAUUCGCAAAUAUGAGAUGUUUUCCCAAACCCUGCAACAGAGCAGAGGUUUUGGCAACUUCAGGUUCCCAUCUGCUGCUGGCUCACAGCCUGAAGAUCGCGGAUCUCAGUCUGGGCCGAGAAGGUCCGGACUGUACGGUGAAGAGGCAGAGGACGAUCUCUAUCAGUGAUCAGAACUAUGUCAUGGAACAUCGUUUUCAUUCAAGACCUUUUCCAAUGAAAGGCUUAUUGGACUGAAAGCUGCUUUUCACUGUUUGAUAUUUUACGAUUCAAAAUGUAGGAAAUGAUCAUGAGGUUUUAAAUUGCAAAUCAUUGAAUGUAUAUUUUCUUUUUGAGCUUUCACGU